GACAAAAGCAUAGGUUAUACCCGUUGCAAUCUCGCCUUCAUCUGCCGCGGUCGACUACCCUAACCUUUAAAUCCACGAGGCCUAGAUACGGUUGACAGAUACUAUGAUGGAGAUUGCGCCGCAUUCCCAGCCAAGGCUUACUAAAACCGAACCAUCGUCGACAAGGAGGGCCCUUCCUUCACGCCCAACCAUAUCAAGAGAUAAUUGUGGUCGGCCUUCCGAACGUGUCGCAUUCAAAAGCGCCUCACCUACAGGUUCAACAAGUCCUGCGGCCCAGAGUGUAGGCAUAUCGUCAGCGGACCCUAGCCCCUCUUUGAACGGCUCAGAGAGGCUGUAUUCUAAGAGCCCAUCCCCAUUCGACGUAACCCGGCAAGAACUUCCUACGGUCACAAGCCCAUCUCCGGCCGGAGUGAAUCAGGGUGGUCAAGUGUGCAGCAAUUGUGGGACAACAAGAACACCGCUCUGGAGGCGCUCGCCCCAAGGAGCCACAAUCUGUAACGCAUGCGGGUUGUAUUUAAAGGCCCGAAAUUCCGCCCGACCGACAAACCUGAAGCGUCCACCUUCCGUAGUUACAACAACACAGACUAAAGUUUGCGACAAGAUUACAUCUACAACAUGCUCCCAAGGAACCACAGUAAAUAUGCCAGGCGCCACUUAUGUAGCAGCGGACCAGACACCGUCAGGAUCAUGUCCAGGCGGUGGGCGGUGCAACGGUACUGGUGGUGCGGAAGGUUGCAGUGGCUGUCCAGCCUACAAUAAUAGGCUUGCCAAGAGCGCCCAACUUCAGAAUCAGUCUCCCAACACGAAGAUGGAUGGUAUAGCUGGGGAUGGUCCAACACCCAUCGAUAUGAAUGUGCAGGAGAAUAAAGGGCCUGCUCAAAACACAACCGUGGUGAUUGCCUGUCAGAAUUGUGGAACAACCAUAACCCCAUUGUGGCGUCGAGAUGAAGCUGGACAUACAAUCUGUAACGCAUGCGGGCUAUACUACAAACUCCAUGGUGUUCAUCGGCCUGUGACAAUGAAAAAGGCUAUCAUUAAACGGCGAAAACGGGUGAUACCAGCAAGUCAGGAGGAGGUUUCAGUGGACGCAGAAGACUCGAUGGUUAUGGACUCUGUGGAGCAACAAAGCCAAUAUGCGGAAUCCGAGGUCGAAAGGGGUAGUAUGAACGAAGAUGGCUCUAUAAAUCUCGGGCUACGCCGCAAGACUGAUCAUCAUCUUACACUCCUUCCCGAGCCGAUUCACACGGGUCAAGGAUCCACACCGAUACCAUCAACGAACCCCACAGCAUAUCUUACAUGUCAAACAUUACAACCUUUUGGUGGUCGUGAUUUGAUGAACGACGAGAACAGACUACCACCAUUGGCGUCUAUCAUGAGUGACCGACAGUCAUCUAUCUCGCCUGCUUCCUUUCUUGGUCCGUCGAGUCGGAAACGAUCGUUUUCAGCAACUGAUUCCGAUGUCCCAGCCAGCGAGUUCAAUCCCGAAAAUACCAAGAGACUGUCUUCUAUAAAAUCAAUACUAAAUCCAACCAGUGGAUCGAGCUCCAACUUUGGCUCGGUAACAGAUGAUACAUCGGAUCUGCUACGACUACGUUCUCCCGCCAGUACGUUGAUGUCAGCCCCGAGCCCCAGUGGGUUUUCGAUCAUGUCCAGCAUAAUUCCAAGUAUGCGUUCACGGGAAACAACAGUCGAGGGUGACAGGUCCAAAGCAGACCGACGGGCAACCCUACAACACGAAGCAGAACGUAUGCGUGAGAUGCUUGCAGCUAAGGAAAGGGAAUUGGCCGCGCUUGAAGAUUAACAGGUUCUAUGGUGGCAACCAUCCCAACUAGGACAAUUGUUCAACCCAUGUACAAAGAUUUUAUGGGUCUCACGAAAGUUGCAGUGGCGCAUCACAUAUCAAAAGGCAACAUCUUCCCUCUCAGUAUGACCACGGAGG